UCUCUGGGAGGAAGAGUUAAGAAUCAAAGGAGGGCAUUAUGUCAAAAAUACACUCUUGGAAAAAUUUCGCCAAUUGCCUUUGACCGAAAGAAAGGCACGACAAAAAGAAAUUAGCACUCUGGUCGAAUUAGAUUCGGGACAAUUUG